GUAGCUCACUCUUUAGCCAACCAACUCUCUUGCUAGCCCACUCUUGCUGGCCUCCUCUUCUAUUUGGCCUCCCUAUUUAUAGAAGAGGUUUGGCCCAAGUCCCUUCUGCAGAUGAGUCUCUAGAACACUCCACAAAAUUCCCUCAUAUGUACAAUUUCCAGAACCUUCUCCACUCUCCCUUCUAACCUAGUCCUACAUUAUUCUAGAACAACCCAUUCUAGAAUUAUGUACAAGGCCCUAGGAGUUUCCCAGGUCGAGCUUGGCCCAACAAGCCCUUCCAGACCCCUCAAAGGUGUCGACACCAUAAGCCCGUGUAUUUCUCGCGUAUCGACACUUUUUCCGCUGCUGGCAUUGCAUGCUCUGUGGACGCUCUUGGCUACUCCUGUGUGCGCUAAUGCCUUGAACCUGAUCGCACCCCCGCAUGCCAGCGUCUCGACCCAGUUGCCCAUGUGUGCACCCGUGUCUCAGGCCAAGACAGUCUUGCGCGCUCUCGCAUGUCGCCCUCGACUUCUCCCGCGUGUCCUAUCCGUACCCUCAUGCCACGGCCCUGGCAUCGAUGCCUCCACUGGCAAGGCCCGCUGCGUCUUGAGCGUUCCACCUUGCGCUUAUGCCCUCGUAUGCAUAGGUGUCGUAAUCGCAACCCCGUGUCACGAUACUGACACCUACAUCGUGCAUGCCCAUGUCCACGCUUCCGCUUGCACCCAUGCUUAUGCCUGUGCUUGUGCUUGUGCUUGCCCUCGUGUCUGCGCUUGCACUUUGCGACGCUGUAUGGCAUGCCCCCUGGACGCUGCACACUCCUUCUGUGACGUGGCCGUAGCUCCGUGCCUUGAUGCCCUUGACUUCGGCCCUCAAACUUGCGUACCAUGACAAAAGGCUGCAUAUCUUUGUCUUCCAGAAUAUACCCAUUUAGGGUCUCCAUCUCAGAAACAUUGAUCUCUUUCUCUUCUAGAAUACCCAGUUGUUUUUGUUGGGGAGCGAAUGAACAAACCGUGAAAUUGCUU